AUGGAUCCACCACCGUUGGUCCUGUGUAUGGAUAACAUAAAUGGGGAUGAAGUAGCAUUGAAAAUUGAACCACAUGAUGAUUUUCGAUUAUUUUUAGAUAAAGCCAAGUCUCAACUAGGUUUUGAUAUUGAUAUUAAUUCGAUCACUGGUAACCAACCAGUGUCCCUAGAUGAUAACAUUUAUCAAUUCUUUGUCAAUACUGAGAAAAGUAUUGCUAGUACAUUUGCGCCAAAUUCCUAUAUCUCGCACUCCUAUGGUGAACUGGGUUCCAACGCAAUUAAUGAUGAUUUGGUCUACGUUCUCGACGAUGGCACUCAGAUAAACGCAUCACAGAUACAAUUUGACAACGAGGAACCGUUGAUAGACAUCACAACAGAAAACAUACCUUUCAUCAAAUACACUGAUGACCCUGAUGAAAUUUUUCACAAUGACUUUAGCAUUCAAGACUAUAAUAUAGAAAGUCCAGUGUCACGCUGGUCCAGUAGAAACUCUAGUCCUUCGAGGGGGAAAAGUUUCAUAAACAGUUUACCAUUCAAAUUAGUAUGCAAUAAUACGUCUAAUUUUGAAUCUCAGUUCACAAAGUAUCUAGAAUCCAGUCCCAAAGGUUAUUCUAAUAUCAAGAAGAUUGGAACGCCAGAGGAGGAUCAUAAAAAUUUCGAUGAUCCAACGAAAAAAGAUAGUUUCACAAGAGAAGACAUUUUGAACAUGUUCAAAGAUUCUCCAGUUACAUCUUUGCCGUAUGACAAGAAUGUGACUUAUGAUAAAAGAAAACACGCUCGCAAGACUGAUCCAUCAAGAAUAGUACACAGGAGUUGGUAUAAGACGAAUUUUGACUCGGGUCAAAGUCAGGACUGUUGCAUUUGCGCUAAAACAGUUGAGAACAAUUUUGAUAAAAUGUACUUAUUCGAUAAUGAAGACCAGAGGAUCCACAGAUGUUCACCGCAGAAGAGAACCUCCGUGGAGCUAAAGAUUAUAUGCGAGCAGUGUUUGGGGGAGCAUUUCAAACUGUGUCUAGUGAAAAGUCCCAAUGAACCAUUGAACAGCGACGAAUAUCUGGUGAUAAAGAACAACCAGCAAUACAUCUUUCAAAAUGUCACGGAAAUCGAUUUGAAAAAGAAGUUUCUAGAUAGCGCCGAGGACAAAGAACCAGAGCAACAUAUAGACGACGGUGGGGUCAUUCUAGAAAGUUCUAGCGAUGUGGAGAUUAUAGAACCGGAAAUAGAGUUCGAUAAGGCCAUAGAUAACUUGGACGACGCGGAUGAGGAGGUGCAGGAAUUUCUAGGGAAGUACCAGUGCGACAAUUUAGAUGAACUGAAAUGCAGGUUUUGCAAUAAGAUAUUUGUGGAUUUCCAAGAAGUUAUGGAUCAUUGCGAGCAGCAUAAGCAUGACGUGGACGAUGGACUUGUCUAUCCUUGCCCUUUAUGCGAUUAUGGAUACGCUACAUCAAAGUGGCUAAAAGGUCACAUUAAGACUGCGCAUGAUCACACUAAAAUGAAAGACGAAGGUCAUCAAGAACUCUUAUCUAAAGAGUCGUCACCUGUAGCUACAAGAACAAGGAGUGCUAUGAAAAAAGUCGAUGAGACUGACACUAAGGAGAAUCAAGAUACAACAGCCACGAUAGCGCUAACGACGGAAGUGAAACAGGAAGCCUUAGACAGUGAUGAAGAAGCAAUCUGGAUAGUGCACACUGGCGAUGAUGUGCAGGAGCAAGAAUUACAGAAGCUCUUGAAACUUACAGAGAACGACAACGAAGAAGACACAAUAUCUCAAAAAGUGAGCGAUCUAACCAAGCACAAAUGUUUUAAUUGCAGUCGUAUUUUCCCGAACGCUGAAAGCUUAGACACGCACAAAUGUAGAAAACGAGGUAAAAAAAGAAAAUUUCCCGCGGAAAAAUCUUCCGAGCUCUGCAUUCCGUCUAAGGAGGACUUUUUAAAACGCGCGCAAGGAAGACAACAUACGGACGAUAAUAGUUUAUUGAAAGUCCGAAAGAAGCGCACGCGACCAGGCAGCCCGCAAAUAGUGACGUGUCACAAUUGUAACGAAUCCUUUACGUCAAAAGUUCGCCUCAAAUUUCAUAUGCAAUUCCACGACAAAACUGAUUUGCUAACAGAAAAAGGAGAAUAUACAUGCAACGAGUGUAAAGAUACCAUAUUCACGACCGAAACGGAGUUAUUUGACCACGUGCACUUCAGACACAGCAAGAAGAAACGCUGGCAGUGCCCAGUUAAAGAGUGUGGAAAGACAUUUUUCUUUAGGGCGACGCUGACCAAACACAGUCGAACACACACAGAUACACGUCGCUAUGUGUGCGUGACUUGUGGCAAGAGAUUCCUGGACAAGCAGACCUUGGAUGAGCAUGGAGUCACACAUUUACAGAUAAAACCCUUCCAAUGUCACAUUUGCCUGAAACAGCUGACGCGAAGGUCUCGGCUGCGCAUGCAUUUGAGGGCGCACGAAGAGGAGCUGGGUCCAAAGCUGGUGCUCGUCUGCGGGAUUUGUUCUAGAGCCUUUAGGGAUCACGUGGAAGCCCAGAAGUGUUUACGAACGAAGUUGAAGCAAGAUGGCGCUGAACAACUGUCACCCACUAGCGGCCUCGUUACCCCCUCUGCUAAACCGGAGUCAAGAUUGAGUAAGCCAGUCUUACGCGAAGUUAGUAAGGAGGAGAGCGAACCGCUUCUAACCAGUUUAGAUGAUGGGGCUGAAGGCGAUCAUUCGCGUCGUGAGAAUCGAGAAGGGGCCUUGAACUCACACAGGGUUAAUCAUAAAGGCGUGAAGAAUCCUUUUAUCUGCCACGUUUGUAAAGUCACUUUUGCCACGUACUCCAGAUGUACAACACAUAAAACAACACACGGCUUCUACAAAAGGAAUUUAGCUGAUGGCAAAAAAGAUGAAGGUGCAAGUAGCGCCGGGAUUCUGGGCUAUGGGGGGUUUCCCGUGGUGAAGCACUUUUUAUGUGAAGAUUGCGGUCGUUCCUACUUACACUGGACGUAUUUGCAAGUACAUCGUCGCACGAAACACGCAAAUGAGAAUUUCUUAUUCAAAUGUAAUCAGUGCGACCAGACUUUUCCUAACAGCUGGAGUGUAGCGUACCAUCGAAAGAAAAUUCACGGGAAAACAGCGCAAGAGGACGGAGGCACUACCAAGAUCGCCAGACAGGAUUAUUACAGAAUACCGUGUCGGGAUUGCGACCAACUGUUGCCAAAUAAAGUUGAACUCUAUAAGCAUAGACAAAAGGAGCAUUGUGACAAAACUUUGGACGCGGAUCAUAUUGAAGAUUCACUUACUGAGAAGGAAACGACAAUUUGUUCCAAAUGUGGCCACAAUUUGCACAACGUGAAUGCGCUCCAUAAACACAUGAAAGAAGUCCACGACAUAGAACAGGAUAAACUGUCAUGUCCUGUUUGUUCGCGAACCUUCCGUUCGACGUCUCUACGCAACGAGCACUUGCGCACGCACCCAAAUGACAGAUACGGACACCCGUCCUCGAUCCGCAUUCACCGCCCAAUGCACUCAGAAAGCCGUUCGUGGUCGUGUCUCCACUGCGCCAAGAGAUUUCGAAUGAGGUCGGACCUGCGUGCGCAUCUCCGACUAAAGCACCCGGCUUACGUCGCUGUUAUAGAGGUUGAAGGGUUAAAUCUGACUCAGGAACAGGUCAUCCAGCAACUGGCCCUCAACAACAUCCGACAAGAUAGGGUGACUGAAGUAUCUGUGAUGUCAUUUGCUAAGGGAACUACGAAUGUUGUGCCAAACUCACAACGCGCUCUGUCACUACUAAGUGGUGUUCUGCGCACGGAAAUCAAACUCGAGAAACAAGUAUUGGGGGCACAAGAUAUAAUAUACCCCACCGGAAGGAUGUGUAAAGUAUCGCACACACCGACCAUACUGCAACAUAGCCAAGUGUACAGCGAGCCUAAUUAUCCUGUAAUUAGUACUAGCGAUAACCAACCAAUAAACGUCCAAUUGUUGCUGCAAGAUGGCGCUCUAGCCAACAGCCAAUAUUACAAUCAAAUUGUAUAA